AGCAUGAACAUUGGUCAGACACGUGGUGUCAUGACACAAUAACCUGCUAAGAGACGUUUCUGUUUAUUUUUUUUAUACCUUGUUGAAAAAUUGUCGAAACGAAAUUGUCACAGUUCAGUCGGCUCGAAUAUGAGUUAAAUUGCUUAAUGUAAAAUAGCUUGGAUCGAUUCUUCAUAUAUUUAAAAUAACACGGUGCUAAAAUAAUCCUCUGAUAUUCAACUUUCCUAUGAUGGAUCUAGAUUGUUCAUCUGCUCCUAAAAGUGACAGUGCAGAGGAUGAUAGAGGGAAAAACGAACUGGAAAACUCCACACUUUCCAAAAGGGCUCGGAAACGCCUUUUGAAAAGAGAAAAGUGGUUGCAGAAACGUCCAGAAAAGAGGCUAAAAGAGAAGCAAAAGUUGAAAAUGAGGAAGAAAGAGGCAAAACAGAAAAAUAUCGUAUUAGGUCCUUCUCGGAAAGUGUUAAAGCAAAGAAGAAUGUCAUCAAGCAAUUGUAAAAUACGGGUCAUACUUGAUUUUUCAUUUGACACUCUCAUGACCGAUAAGGACAUGCAUAAAUGUGUAAACCAAAUGAGCAGAUGUUAUUCGGAAAACAGGCGUUGCGAAAACCCGUUACAAAUGUACGUCACAAAUUUCAACGGUCUGUCUAAAGAAGUGAUUAAAAAACACACCGGAUAUGUGCAUUGGGAUGUCAAUUUUUGUACUGAGAAUUAUCUAGAGAUUUUCAAGUUAGAAGAACUAGUUUAUCUGACGAGUGAAUCGGACAAUGUGAUCGAGCAGCUGGAAGAGGACAAAGUCUAUAUAAUUGGUGCAUUUGUUGACCACAAUGCUCACAAGGGUCUAUGCUUGAAAAUAGCAAAAGAACAAGGGAUUCGUCAUGGGAGGCUACCUAUAAAUCAAUAUAUGGAAAUGAAAACUAGACAAGUUUUAUCUAUCGAUCAAGUUUUCGCUAUAAUAUCCAAAGUGGCAUCGUGCAAUUUAAGUUGGAAAGAGGCAUUUAUGAAGGUGCUGCCUCAGAGAAAAGGUGCCGUCCCAAAAUUGCAAAGCGUUCCGGAAGACGAAGGAGAAAACAUUGAGAUGUCAGUCGAACCCCAGGAAAAUAAUAAGUCUGACGCAGGUUGAAUUAAAAAAAA